CGUGAUCAAUAUACACAAGAACUGGUUCAAACCGACCGGAACCUGCGGGGGGGGAGAGACGUGCUUCUCGCCGAGUCCGGACCGAGCGUGACCAUGGCGGCCGUCGUGACGUCCCACGUCUUCCCGCGGCUCACGACAGCCUUCGGUGCUUCUCGCCGCCACUUCAGCUUGGACGUGAAAGCGCCGCUGUUGCGUACGUGCGGCUACGUGCAUGGCCGCUGGGUUUCGGCGCCGUCGGACUUCCCGGUUCUGGACCCGGCCACCGGACUGGAGAUAGCCCGCGUGUCUGACUGCGGGCCGGACGACGCCAAGCGAGCGGUGGACGCGGCGUACGCUGCUUUUCACGAGUGGAAGCAGUACACGGCCAAGGAGAGGAGCGUGUUGCUGAGGAAGUGGUUCGACCUAUUGACGCUGAAUAAAGAAGAGCUGGCGCGGAUCAUCACCUUUGAGAGUGGCAAACCCCUCAAAGAGGCGCUUGGAGAAAUCGCUUACGCCGCCUCCUUCCUGGAGUGGUUUUCGGAGGAGGCGCGGCGGAUUUACGGCGACGUUGUGGCCUCGCCCAUGAAAGACCGAAGGAUCCUUCUCCUCAAGCAGCCGGUGGGCGUGACGUCCAUCAUCACUCCGUGGAACUUCCCCAGCGCCAUGAUCACCAGGAAGGUCGGCGCCGCGUUGGCGGCCGGAUGCACCACCGUGGUCAAGCCGGCAGAAGACACGCCUCUUUCCGCGCUCGCUCUGGCUGAGCUCGCCGAGCAGGCGGGGAUUCCAGCGGGCGUGUUCAACGUGGUCCCGUGCUCUAGAAAGAUGGCGGCAUCGGUGGGCCAGGUUCUGUGCACGGACCCCCUGGUGGCCAAGAUAUCCUUCACGGGUUCUACUGCCACCGGCAAGAUGUUGCUGAAAAUGGCCGCCGACACCGUCAAGAGGGUGUCCAUGGAGCUGGGAGGCCACGCCCCCUUCAUCGUGUUUGACAGCGCCGACGUGGACCGGGCGGUGGAAGGAGCCAUGGCGUCCAAGUUCAGGAACUCCGGACAGACGUGCGUGUGCUCCAACCGCUUCCUGGUGCAGAGCGGCGUUUACGAGCGCUUCGUCGCAAAGCUGGGCGCCGCCAUGGACGCUCAGCUGCACGUGGGCCACGGCAGCGAGGCCGAGACCACGCAGGGGCCGCUCAUCAACGCCAGAGCGGCCGACAAGGUGGUCCAGCAGAUAAGUGACGCUGUGUCGCAUGGCGCCAAGGUGCUGAGGGGCGGCCAGCGCCUGCACGGCUCCUUUGUGGCGCCCACCCUGCUGGUGGACGUCACCGCCGACAUGUUGUGUGCGCGCGAGGAAACUUUUGGGCCGCUGGUGCCCGUCAUUAGGUUCGACAGGGAGGAGGAAGCACUGGCCCUGGCAAACGCCGCCAAAGUCGGCUUGGCAGGCUACUUCUACUCGCAGGACGUCAGUCAGAUUUGGCGUGUGUCGGAAGCGUUGGAGGUGGGCCUGGUGGGCGUCAACGAGGGCCUGCUCUCCACGGCCGAGGGCGCCUUCGGAGGUGUCAAAGAAUCCGGGAUAGGCCGGGAGGGCUCCAAGUACGGCGUGGACGAGUACCUGGAGGUCAAUCAAAGGUUGAAAUGGCGGGAAAGAACACAUGAUCACAAACUCCAUCGUGGCUCCUCCCACAAACGUAAACAUUGGACGAUGACAAGGAAUAUGGCGUCCGUCACAAAGUGUGUACGAGCAAAACAAAGCCAACGUUGCUGUCCUUUCGGCCUCCAUCUUUAUCACUCUGGGCGACCAACUUCACGGCCAUCAGCGUUUGGAACCUUCUCCACCAACGCUCUGCAAGAGGUGACGACGUGACCGGAAUGCACGCCGUCAAAGCUGCUGGCGUGGUCUCGCAUCAGGGGGCGGCAGCGAUGCAUGCUGGGUAGUCAGCACUCCAGCGGCGGAUGGAAGCUGCGUCUGCAGUCGACGGCUUUGGCGCUGGGCGGCUGAGCGCGUUUCCUGCGCAGCUCGUCCUUCCCCAGGAGUCCGCCCAGGCGCGAAUACGCCACCUUGUACUUUUUAUCAAAGGCGGCUGCGGACGAGAGCGAGAGGCGAAGUUAGCGACGCAAAGACGUCCUUUUGGGGUGGCGUCGUGCCUUACCGGCGUGGUCCUUGCCCAUGGCGGCCAACGUGAGGAAGAGGAACUCUCGGUACACGCUCCUGCAACACAAAAAAACAAAGUUGACGCAGCGGAAUGUAGGUGGGCGGGGUUUUGUCUCACCUCUGGAGGCGGGGCGGGGCGGGCUGCUUGGCCAGCGUGUCGAGAAAGAGCGUGACGGCCUUGUGGACCUCGUUCAUGCCUACCCAGCGGAGGACCUCCUCCAAGAAGGCCAGUGAGAACGGGUGGUUGUGGCGGCGCCAGCGGAAACUUCGCAUGGAAAUGCCACCUGGUGGAGAAAGGGGUGGGGUUACGGGGCCGGUAGAGGCAGGCCUUGCAAGACGAGUACGGGACUUACUGUGAAGCCUCCAGAGCACGUAGAGGGGGGGCCAUGUGUCGGGGUCCGGGUUUAACGUGUCCCAAAGGAGCCUCACCCUCAGCGCCAUCCCGUCUGACUGAUCUCACACACACACACAAUUCUUUAAACGGUUGUACACAAGUAUAAAAAACAUUUUCUGCAAAUAACAAAACAAUUUUAAAGUAUAAAAACAAUUCUCUUAAAACAAAAUAUUUUCUUCAUUUAAAGAAAACAAUUUGCAAUUAAAAAAGUCUUCAAAUAAAAAGUCUGCUAAUGAAAAAAUGUUUUUCUUCAAUUAAAAGAAACAACUAGUCUUCAGUUGAACUAAAAACAAUUUUAUUUAAUUAAAAACAAUUCGCCUUAAUUUAAAAAAAACAUUAAUUCAAAGAACUUUUCACAAAUAAACAAUUUGCGAUUAAAAAAACAAAAUUGCUGGUUAAAAUUUAUUUAAUUACAUUUUUUUUAAGGUAUAAAAACUAUUUUCUUUAUUUAAAGAAAACGAUUCGCAAGUAAAAACAAUUUCAAAUUAAAAAAAUUUGCAAGUUUAAAAAAAACACUUUCUUUAAUUAAAAACAAUUCGCCAUAAAUUAAAAAAAACAUUAAUUUAAAGAAAUUUGCACAAGUAAACAACAAUUUGCGAUUAAAAAAAAAUAAUUUGCUGGUUAUAAUAUAUUCGUUAAUUACAUUUUCUUUAAGGUAUAAAAACAAUUUUCUUUAUUUAAAGAAAACAAUUUGCAAUUAAAAAAUAGUCUUCGAAUAAAAAGUUUGCAAAUGAAAAAAUGUUUUUCUUCAAUUAAAAGAAACUAUUCACUAUUUUAAAAAGUCUUCAGUUGAACUAAAAACAAUUUUCCUUAAUUAAAAACAAUUCGCCUUAAUUUAAAAAAAACAUUCAUUUAAAGAACUUUUCACAAAUAAACAACAAUUUGCGAUGAAAAAAAAAAUUUCUGGUUAAAAUAUAUUCUUUAAUGAAAUUUUCUUUAAGGUAUAAAAACUAUUUUCUUUAUUUAAAGAAAACGAUUCGCAAGUUAAAAACAAUUUCAAAAAAUUUUUUUUUUGCAAGUUUAAAAAAACAUUUUCUUUAAUUAAAAACAAUUCGCCAUGAAUAAAAAAAAACAUUAAUUUAAAGAACUUUUCACAAAUAAACAACAAUUUGCGAUUCAAAAAAAAAAAUUUGCAGGUUAAAAUAUAUUCUUUAAUUAAAAUUUCUUUAAGGUACAAAAACAAUUUUCCUUAUUUAAAGAAAACGAUUUGCAAGUAAAAACAAUUUCAAAUAAAUUUUUUUUUGCAAGUUUAAAAAAAACAUUUAAUUAAAAACAAUUCGCCAUAAAUAAAAAAACUUUCAUUUAAAGAACUUUUCACAAGUAAACAACGAUUUGCGAUUUAAAAAAAAAAAUUUGCUGGUUAAAAUAUAUUCUUUAAUUAAAAAUUCUUUAAGGUAUAAAAAAUAUUUUCUUUAUUCAAAAAAACUGAUUCGCAAGUAAAAACCAUUAAAAAAAAUAUAUAUAUAUAUAUAUUUUUUUGCAAGUCUAAAAAAAAUUCUUUAAAAACAAUUCGCCUUAAAUUAAAAAAAACAUUCAUUUAAAGAACUUUUCACCAGUAAACAACAAUUUGCGAUUAAAAAAAAAUGUGCUUGUUAAAAUAUAUUCUUUAAUUAAAAUUUCUUUAAGGUAUAAAAACAAAUUUCUUUAUAUAAAGAAAACGAUUCGCAAGUAAAAACAAUUUCAAAUAAAAAAAAUGUUCUUUAAUUAAAAAUAUAUAUGCAAAUAUAAAAACAAUUUUCAGAAGAAAUCGACUAGUAAAUUUCUUUUUUAAUUUUUUAAACACUUCACUUUAAAUAAACGAUUUUCAAGUAAAAUACAUUUUUUUCAAAUAAAGCAAUUUUCUCCAAUUAAAUGAUAUUCAAGUAAAAAAACAAUUUUCUUUUAUUAAAAACAAAUAUUCGCUACUUAAGAAAUGUUUCUUCAGUUAAACAAAUUGUUCUUCAAUUAAAAAACUAUUCGCAAGUAUUAAGACAAUUUUAUUUGAAAAAACGAUUUGAGAGUAAAUAAACUCGAGGUCUCAAGUGUUUAAUUUUUUUAAUGUGAUUAAUCACAAGUUAUUACUUUCUCGCAUUAAUCAAAUUUGCUUGAGAAAAGACCAAUAAUUGGACACAAAUAGUCAACGUUUUUAAAUGUUUUACUGAACGAACUGCGAGUCAUUGAUUUGACAGGAAGUAAGAGUAAGAAUUAAGUACACAUUUUGAAAGGCUCUGCAACUAUGUACUGUAUAAAAUAAAUUGUGCAAUAAAACACUUUACUUAGUGCA